GCUCCCGCCUCGCCUCGCCCGCCGCCUCAGCGCGGCCCCGCCGCCGCCAAGACGCCGCGGGCCGUGCUCCGAGUGAAGAAUGGGGCGGCCAAGCUCGCCAAGCCGCCCGCGGCCGCGGGCGAGACCCCCGGCGGCGCCCCCGGACAGGGGCUCUUCAUGGAGCGCUCGCAGAGCCGCCUCAGCCUCUCCGCCUCCUUCGAGGCCCUCGCCAUCUACUUCCCCUGCAUGAACAGCUUCGACGAGGAGGAUGCGGAUGGCGAUGGCCGGAGGCUGAAGGGAGCCAUCCAGAGGAGCACUGAGACCGGGCUGGCCGUGGAGAUGCCCAGCAGGACCGUCCGCCAGGCCAGCCACGAGUCCAUCGAGGACAGCAUGAACAGCUACGGAUCAGAGGGAAACUUGAAUUUCAGUGGAGUCCAUCUGGCAUCUGCUGGGCAGUUCAGUGACUUCCUGGGGAGCAUGGGCCCUGCACAGUUUGUGGGGCGUCAGACCUUGGCCACCACCUCGAUGGGGGACGUGGAAAUCGGCUUGCAAGAGCGAAACGGGCAGCUAGAAGUGGAUAUCAUUCAGGCUCGAGGACUGACACCAAAACCCGGCUCCAAAACACUGCCAGCUGCUUACAUCAAAGCUUACCUGCUGGAGAACGGCGUGUGCAUCGCCAAGAAGAAGACAAAAGUGGCUCGCAAAUCGUUGGACCCUUUGUACAAUCAGGUGUUACUGUUUGCUGAGAGCCCCCAGGGCAAAGUAUUACAGGUGAUAGUCUGGGGAAACUACGGGCGCAUGGAGCGCAAGCACUUCAUGGGAGUCGCCAGGGUGCUCCUGGAAGAACUGGAUUUGUCAACCUUAGCAAUCGGCUGGUACAAGCUCUUCCCAACUUCCUCCAUGGUGGAUCCCACCACAGGCCCGCUCCUGCGUCAGUCCUCACAGCUUUCCCUGGAGAGCACAGUGGGACCCUGCUGUGACAGGUCUUAGUGAGUAAGGAAGGGGGAACUGCUUUUGUUUUUUAAACAUGCUGUCAAGGUUUUGUUUGCUGGAACUCUGACCUCAAGCGCAAUGCAUGUUCAAUCAGUUCUUGUGGAGCUGGAAGAGGAGGAUAAACCAGUGACCUUAGACAGAAGACGAGGGGGAGGGCACUGUGCCCUCUCUGCCCGAGGAGGAGGUGCCGUGGGGCAUGAGUCCUAGUUGUCAAAUUAGACAUAACACCUCUUGUUUCACUUCUCUCGCUGUCAUUCUUGGACCCUUUGUUCAGAUCAAUAGUAGCCCUGGAAAGUUGCAGCGUUUGAAAGAAUUUGAGGGGGAGUAAGGAAGGAAUUUUUCUUAACUGCGCAUAUUAGAAAUUUCUAAUACGGGUUCUUUCACGAGUACCUGAAAAAUUCAGAGGUCAGAGUCUGGCCUAAAAAGGGCAGGAGCAGAAAGUUUAAGAGGAAGCAUUAGGGUUUUUAUAAGGUCUUUCUUUUUGAAAGAAAGAAAAAGAAAGAAACCUGCAACUCUUUCUUUAGAAUCAGUUCCCUGUCACUGAGUCAUGUCAGCUGUAACACUGUCGUAGCUGUGUUUUCAAACCGUGCCAAAUUACCAGCAAGUGUCUUUACUGCAUUACGUGUCUAACACUGCUGAUGGAGCAAACCUGGUGGGAGAACAAGCAGCGCCUACUUAGGGCAGACAGUUUAAACAGAGUUUGAGUUCAGCAGGAUAAUUAACUGCCAUUUUGCUCAGAAAAAAACCCACUAGGAGUGGGAGCUGAACAUCAGAGUUGCAGCUUGACAUGUUUUGUGUUGUCAGAUACAGUUUACUGACCCCCUUACCUUGUUGCUGUGCACCCUUCAGUCAUGAUGUCUUCUAUCUCCUGCUUUUCCUCCAUCUCCCUUGUACUGGUACAUAUCUGCUGGAGAUGCUGCCUUUCCUGUUGUGCUGUGGACUGACCUGGAACAGGACUGUUUUAUUCAGCCAUGGGAGCGGAGAUUGGGGGAAACCUCAGUUUGCCAUCUGACAGGAAGAUGCUGGAGAGCACAUAACCUUCCUUGUGGAGAGAGGGGAGCUUUAGGCAGUCUCAGUAGUCCCCAGACAUUGUCAAGUGUCCUGCAAGAGGAGAUACAGGGAGGUAGUGAGUGAGGAACGUGACGGCACAGUGGUCACAGCACGUCUGUUCUGCUCAUUAAAGUGCAACGCUACCUGUAAACAAGUCUAGUAGAUUCAGUCAAGCACAUUUUUGGAGCUGCUGAGCUGUGGCAGCCACUGCCAGCAGAGCCACGUGCUGGGGGCAGUGCCCUAGAUCCUUCUGGCAAUGAAAUUAUCCGGAACCACAGAGAAUCUCCAAAGAUUUUCUGUCGGUAGCUCUGUUUUGGCUAGGUUUUUGUCUUAGUUCCUAAUGAGGAUUUGACGACUGCUGUCCCUGAAUAAAUAAGCUUUUGGAGAUGUUUUACUUUGUGAUUUAAAAGUGAAGGUCCCAUGUCACAUGUAGGAAUGAGCAGAUUCUUGAGCUGUCAGAGAGAAAUACUGAGCAUUUAUUUCUGCAUGUGGACCUCAGCUUUGUUAGAGUAAAAGCAUGAGUGUUGAGUGGAUGGUAAAAGCAGUUGCUUUUGGUCCUAGCUUGUCUAUGGCAUUUUAAAUUAUUUUGAAGUAAAUUACAUGAUAGAUGCAAAAAUUAUAGGCCUUACAAUAAUCUGUAAAAAAAUUAUAUAAUAUAAAGGAGAGGGAAGGAGGACAAGGGACAUAGAAUGACUAGUUUUUUGAGUCUUCAGUGGCAAAAGCCUCGACAUUUCAGAUAAAUCUCUUAAUUUCCUUGAUCAAAUAUGUCUCUGGCCUCUCACUAAUUAUUUUUUCUAAUUGUAUUAGACAAUUUCUAUAUAUUAGCUGAAGAAAGUUUGUUGCAUGCUGGUCAAACUAUGUUGUGGCGCUCUCUCUUAUUUUUAUUUUUUUAAAGAAAGCACAUUUACUUGUAACUCGAGUCAGCAUCUUUUCCUCUUGGUAUGUAGUGAGUACUAGGCAAUAUUGUACAAUAUGUGUAUGAACUAGAAUAGAUAAGGUAGAUUUAGUGGUUUGUAGCACUGGAUCUGUUAAUAACUAUGACUUUAAAAGGACUGUGGGGAGCUCCAGGUACGUGCCAGACCUGGCAGCUGAGUAAGAGGGCUUCUGUCUUCAGUUGUGCCGAAACCUUGCUGUGGGUACUUAGUUUGGACAUUAUCUACCAGUAAGAGCUAAGUUAAUCCUGGGUUUCCUGUCUCCAGGAAGAUGAAUGCAGCAUUUCUGCACUCUUUAAUAGGGAGUAGGAGACUACACAUGCCAAAAAUAUUCCCCCAGCAAACUUUGUUUAAUGACUGUCUGUCAAAAAGCUCAGUUCCCGUUUCCCUGGCAGUCACGACCUGUCUCUGUAUCCUGCCCCUCCGAAAGCCCUGCAGGCUCAGUGGUGAUCACUUCAGUUCCCACAGGACUCCAGAACACCGAGGACUAUCUGCCAUCUGCUUUUAAUCACGGUGAAAGGUCACUGUCAGGGUUACAGUUCUGGUUGUGUUGUUUUUGUUAAUGUCUCCAGUUUGGAGGCAGUUUAACAGUCUGCUCUGUCCUGUUUUCCUCCGCAUUUUUCACGUGGUUGGUUGUGUUCCAGUGGUUCUCUCUUUUGGUUUACUCACCUCCAAGUCCUGUUUCUCCCCACUGCCAUCCCUGGCUGCCACACACAGCACAGCCACAGGAACAGCAAGUGCAGAGACCUUCCUUUGUAAAGCAGACUCACAGGAGCCCUCCUGGCUGUGCUCACGGGAUGCAGGGUGAGGCCAGCAGAGCUGCUUGGUACCCCAAAACCUAAAUUCUUGCUUCACUCAUACCCCUGAUUCCUGCACUGACCAUGGUGUAUUGUAGUCAAAAAAAGAACUCUUCUGGUUCUCCAUCGAUUUAAGACUCCCAGUGUAGCAUCCAAGGCAAGUCUCAGGCUUGGAAUAGCUUAUUUUUAUAAAUCCUAAUCCUUUUUUUCCCCAAAAUUUGCCUGGCCAGUUUCUGUGUGAGGUGAUGUGCUGUGACAGUUGGGAUGACCAGUGUGGUUGUGUGCAGAGCAGCCAUUUGCCAGAGUGAUGAGCAACUGGAAACUCAACUUUGGUCCCAUUUACAAGUCUUGGCUGAGCCUCUUCCUGUGCCUGAGCCUUGCUGUUAGUUCUAGUCAGACAGAGGGGAAAGGAAGAGCAGGAGACUUACAUAAAAGAAAAAAAAGGCAUUAAAGUAUUUUUUGGUCUGUGAGUGUAACGAGGGAUAAGGCUGAGGAGAGAUAAAUACCUGCCCAGCUCAGGGUUGUGCAUGAACUACUACGUUUUAAUGGUAAUGGGAGGAUUGCUGGCCAAAAAAACCACGGAGAGCCAAUCCCUCAAUGUUACCUGCAUUGCUAUCCCCAGGGAAAACAGAGAAAUCUUGAUGCUGAGAGCAGAAUAAUCUCUCCCCAGCAGGAAUCCCCUGCACACAGGGAGAGCAGCCUCACACGUGGCUUUGUCCUCUUUGUGCUCUGAGCAAAAAUUUGCAGCCGCGACCGUGGCUGGUCCCGGUUUGUUCAGGCAA